CAGUCGUCUCGUAGGUCGGUCCCGAGCAAGCACCGCAAGAUCAUAAAGGCCUUUGCUGGAGCCGAGUAUUCGGGCUUUCUGUUGUCUUUCUUCUUCCUCUUGCCUUUACUUAAAUCCGCUUAAUCUCUACCCAGUUCAGUAACCCACUUUUACCCUGCGCCUAACGGAACCCUUGUGAGUCCGGAACCAAUAUGCUGUACUGCGCUGGCGGCCAGAGGACCGUUUUGGCAGAGGACCACCGAGUCUGUGGGAAGGGUUGGUCGGGCCAGUUCCGGCGGGAGAACGCGGCAGUGAGGUCUUCGUCUUCGUCUCCUGAAAUGCACCGACAGAAUUUUCGACCCCCGACUCCUCCCUACCCCGGCGCGGGUGUAGGAGGUUGGGGUAGCGGGAGCAGCUUCCGGGGUACCCCGGGCGGAGGCGGACCGCGGCCGCCCUCCCCGCGGGACGGGUACGGGAGUCCGCACCACACGCCGCCGUACGGGCCCCGGGCUAGGCCCUACGGGAGCAGCCACUCUCCGCGACACGGCGGCAGCUUCCCGGGGGGCCGAUUCGGGUCUCCGUCCCCUGGCGGCUACCCUGGCUCCUACUCCAAGUCCCCCGCGGGGUCCCAGCAGCAAUUCGGCUACUCCCCAGGGCAGCAGCAGACCCACCCCCAGGGUUCUCCAAGGACAUCUACACCAUUUGGAUCAGGGCGUGGUAGAGAAAAAAGAAUGUCUAAUGAGUUGGAAAAUUAUUUCAAGCCUUCAAUGCUUGAAGACCCUUGGGCUGGCCUAGAACCAGUAUCUGUAGUGGAUAUUAACCAACAAUACAGCAGUACUCAAACAUUCACAGGCAAAAAAGGAAGAUACUUUUGUUAACUUUUCUGAAAUUCACCCGGAAGCUUCAUGUGUCAGGAACAUCUUGGACAAAACUUUUAUUCAUGUAAUUAAGUUGAACCCUAAGAUGGUGACUUUGAAUAAUUAGUUGAGUCUUCUUGGUAUUUUUUGUCAUAUCAAGUAUUGUUGAUAUUAGAGAAGACAUACAGUAGAAUAAUUUGCAAUAUUUAGCUCUUUGGAAGUGCCUACCACAUUUUAGAAGAUUUACAGUUUCCAAAUAUUUAACAUUCAUGGUUAUAUAAUGGACAUUUGUCUUUCAAUGGUUUUCCAAUGUUUUAAAAUAAAACACUUUGUCUUUCUAGAUAUAUUGUGGUUUUGUCAUAUGCUAAAGAAGUAGAAUUAUUAAAAUAAUGCCUGUAACCACUUGCUUAGAAUUCAUAGAUAUUUUGCAUACUACUUUUGAAAAUGAAAUAAACCAUCCUUUGAGCUGUAGACAGUUCUAUAUUUGUUCACAGGGAAAGAGGGUAAAGGAAGAGAACAGAAAAGAAUUCUAUUCAUAUUUAUUAUAACCAUUGUUCUUUGUGCACAUUUUAUGUAAUGCUCUUGUAAAUGCGUUGAAACUUAAUUGAAAGUCACAGAAACCCACUUAAAGGGUAUUUAUACUUUUUAUACUCAUUUUACUGGAAAGGGCAAUAAUAGACCUAUUUCUUACAUAGCAAGAUUAAAGUGUUCUGUAUC